CCCCCAUCGGCCGAAUGCCCGUGUUCACACUCAAGCAACUGCGUUACACUCAAACUCGUAUCAUUAUAAUACCCUGCCUCCAACAUCUCAUCCCUUUCAACCAAGCACUAAUCUUUUCCCCUCUAACAAACUAAGCACCGCCAAAAUGUCCAAACCAAUCGUCCUCCAUCUCGGCGACGACAUAAAAUGGAACCAUGAUCUCUACAAGACCUUCACAUCUCACUUUGAGAUCAAGCGCUCACACAGCAUGUCCCGCCCCGACUUCAUCAACGCCCUUAAGCAAAAAACCUUUGGUGAUUUCUUCGCUAUCUACAGACCGUUCUGGAACACUGGCGGUGAGAUGGGAAAUUGGGAUGAUGAGUUGAUCUCACUUCUUCCUGCGUCGUGUAAGAUUUAUGCUAGUGCGGGAGCUGGCUUUGAUUGGGUUGAUACAGCUGCUCUUGCAAAGCGAGGCGUCACGUAUUGCAACGCAGCAGCCGCGUGUACAGAAUCAGUAGCCGACGCAGCAAUCUGGCUCAUCAUCUCUGUAUUCCGCAACCUAAGCUGGUCCAGCACAGCAGCCCGCUCAGGCGACAAGGACAAAUUCAUCGACGCCAACAAGAACCUAGCCCCCUUAUCCCGCAAUCCCAGCGGUUUCACCCUCGGGAUCAUUGGUUUCGGCCGCAUCGGCCGUCGCAUCGCAGAAAAAGCGUAUAAAGCACUUGACAUGAAGAUCAUCUACAACGACAUCGCCCAAAUGCCCUCGUCAAUCGAAACUCCCCUUAACGCAACAUUUAAAUCAUCAGACGCUCUCCUCGCUGAAGCAGACUGCGUCGUCGUCGCAACGCCGUUUGCAGGCGAAACUCUUCUUAACAAAGCUGGUUUAUCAAAGAUGAAGCGUGGCGCAAAGCUUGUCAAUAUUGCGCGUGGAAAACUCAUCAACGAAGCUGAUCUCGUUGAAGCUCUUUCCAGCGGUCAUUUAUCAGGUGCUGGACUAGACGUCUUCGAGAAUGAACCGUACAUCAGCCCUGAGUUGCUAAAGAUGAAGAACGUGGAGUUGUUAUCGCACAACGCGGGUGCGAGUCUGGAUUCGCAUAUUGGCUUUGAGAAAUUGGGGAUGGAGAAUAUUAUGGAGUUUUGGAAGACAGAGAAGGCAAUUUCGCCUGUUAAUGCUCAUCUGAUCAAGCAGAGCAAGUUGUAAUUCUUAGGGUUCGGGUAUGGUUAAAAAAUGAUAUGUUGUUAGUCUAAAGGAUGUUUGGUUCCUCAAUAUGAUACACUUCUGGUUCCCUUUCA